AUGCAGAGCUGUGCGACGUCAUCUUGUGCGCUCUGCCUGAAGCUUCGGCUAGUGCUUGUGAGGGGUGUGGCCUGUAGCUCAGGCUGCAGUGCUUAGCUGCAUGAGCUGGGCACAGGAGCAGGACAGGGCGCAGGCUGAGGAGCUGGACCUCUGUACUACCAAUGUAGCGUACCGCGUGAGCUGCUGGUUACAGCCCUGUGGUUUGGAAUCCGGGUGCCAUGGAUGAUGCGGCCUGUUCUCUGGGGAUGGUUGAUGUCUCUUGUCUGCCACAUUCUGGUGAUUACACAGGGGGAAGGAUGAAGAAUUCUAUAGAGGAAUGGGGGGAGAGAUUUUCAAGCUGCACCGUGUUGCGCUCUGCAACCCUGAAUUGGAAGGAAACGUUUGUGAGCAGGAAAAGGCCUUUUGUUGGAAGGUGCUGUUAUGUCUGUACUCCCCAGAGCCGGGAUACAUAUUAUAACUCCACUAUCCCAUCUUUGGGUCUUCGUAAUGUCAUCUACAUUAAUGAAACUCACACAAGGCAUCGUGGUUGGCUGGCUCGGCGCCUCUGCUAUGUGCUCUUUGUACAGGAGAGAGAUGUCAGCAAGAGUAUGUUUUGCAGUAAUAUGGCAGAGACUGUGCUGAACCAGAGGAGGGUUCAGAAGGCUAUUGAGGAUAUUGCUUCUGAGAAGAAUACUGUUGGUACCACUGACCAAAAGUCCAUCAGCAAAGUGCGAAGGAAAGCAAAAAAAAUUCUCCAGGAAAUGGUGGCCAACGUCUCUCCUGUAAUGAUCAGACUGACCGGUUGGGUUCUACUGAAACUCUUUAAUAGCUUCUUUUGGAAUAUUCAGGUUCAUAAAGGCCAACUAGAGAUGGUCAAGAAAGCAGCAACAGAGAUGAACAUACCACUCAUCUUCUUGCCCGUUCACAAAUCUCACAUUGAUUACCUGCUCCUCACAUUUGUCCUCUUCUGUCACAACAUCAAAGCGCCACACAUAGCUGCUGGGAAUAACCUCAACAUCCCCAUCUUCAGCACUUUAAUUCACAUGCUUGGAGGAUUUUUCAUACGCCGGAAAUUGGAUGACACAGAUGGCAAAAAAGAUGUUCUCUACAGGUGUCUUCUGCACACUUACAUCGAGGAGCUCCUUUGCCGGCAUCAGUUCUUGGAGAUUUUCCUGGAGGGCACUCGCUCACGUAGCGGGAAGACGUCCUGCGGCAGAGGGGGGCUGCUUUCUGUUAUAGUGGAUACAGUAUGCACAAGCUCAGUUCCCGAUGUUCUCAUCAUACCUGUGGGCAUCUCUUAUGAUCGCAUCAUUGAAGGGCAUUAUAAUAGCGAGCAGCUGGGCAAACCCAAGAAAGAUGAAGGCCUGUGGAGUAUUGCAAGAGGGGUCUUCCGGAUGCUGAGGAAGAACUAUGGCUGUGUGAGAAUGGAUUUUGCGCAACCAUUUUCAUUAAAAGAAUAUCUAGAUAACCAGAGGCAAAAACCUUCCCCUCCAUUGCUGGGCUUACAGCAAGCCUUGUUACCCACAAUCCUCUCUACCAGAUCAAACAAUGUUGGAAAUGAAAAUGGAAUAUCAGAUCAUACUGAUUCUAGAAAUGUACUAGAUGGGACUUUCCGAAGGCAACUAAUUACAAACUUAGCCAACCAUGUGCUUUUUACUGCUGACAAAUGCUGCGCAGUAAUGUCCACUCACAUAGUGACCUGCUUGCUACUCUAUCGAUACCGGCAGGGUGUUCGUCUUUCGCUGUUAGUUGAAGAUUUCUUCUCCAUGAAAGAAGAAGUAUUAGCCCGAGAAUUUGACCUGGGCUUCUCUGGCAGCUCAGAAGAUGUAGUAAUGCACGCGAUUCACCUCCUGGGCAACUCCGUGAACAUCACUCAUAGCAGCCAAACCAAUGAGUUCUUCAUUGCACCCAACACCAGCAUCCCAGCAGUGUUUGAGCUCAACUUCUAUAGCAAUGGCGUGCUCCAUGUGUACAUCACCGAGGCCAUAAUAGCUUCUGCGCUACACGUGGAACUUGUCAAGAGGAGCUCCGAUGGGGCAUCAGGUUUUUCAGAUGGAAACAUCAGUCAGGAGAGAUUGAUUUGCACAGCAGCCAGCUUAUGCUACCUCCUCUCUAACGAAGGAACGAUAGCUCUGCCUUGCCAGUUGUUUUAUCAAGUGUGUCACGAGGCUGUGCAGAGACUGGUGACUUACGGGAUCCUUUUGGUUGCAGAGGAAGAUCAGGAGGACGGGAGCCCAAAUCUUACUGAGCAGCAGUGGGGUAACAAGCUUCCAGACCACCUCUCCUGGAGGAGUGACGAAGAGGAUGAAGAUAGUGAUUUUGGAGAGGAACAACGUGACCGUUACCUAAAGGUCAGCCCAUCACCUGAGCACCAGCAGUUUAUUGCAUUUCUGCAGCAGUUGUUGGGCCCUACCCUUGAAGCAUAUAGCUCAGCUGCCACCUUCAUCCAUAAUUUUGUUGGACCCGUCUCAGAGAAAGAGUUCACCCAAAGUCUACACAAAUACCUUAUUGCCAGAACAGAAAGGAAUGUAGCGGUAUAUGCUGAAAGUGCCACACUGUGUCUUGCGAGAAAUGCUGUGAAGACCUUUAAGGAUCUCGGGGUUUUUCAGGUUCACAAGGAGAAAAGAGAUUCUAUCCUAGACUUGAGCGAUACUUUUCUACCUCAGAACAACCGACAAAAGCUCCUGGCGUACAUUCUCAGCUUCAUGGUGGUGUAGAGACUGCACGGUCUAGUUAACUCACUUUGAGAUAUGGCUGGAAUAUCCUAAUGCUUGGUGCCCGGUUCGAUCACCACGCACUAACAUAUAAGUGCCUUCUGAAUACAUGCCAACCUUUUAACAUCUACUGUGAUCAUGGAAAUAUUAUGACCCUGUAUGUACCGAGCAUGUUUUGGAAGAGAUGACUUUGAAAGUCCAAAUAAAAGAAAGAAAAGUAACCCAUAGAUAUAACAAUCUACUAGAACCGUUAUUUAUAGAUCAGAUAUAUUAAUAAUUUAUGCCCCGUGAAUAUUCAAGCUGUGUUUUUUUUUUUUUUAAAACAUAAAGUUGUAGGCUUGUUAUAGCUGCUAAGUUUGCAACUUGUAUUGUCUAAGGAUUUUAUUAAAGGGAUAUGAAACGCAUAUUUUUUAUGAUUCAGACAGAGAAUACAAUUUUAAACAACUUGUCAAUUUACUUCUAAUAUCAAAUUUGCUUUGUUCUUUUAGUAAUCUUUUGUUGAAGGAGUAGCAAUGCAUUACUGGGAGCUAGCUGAGCACAUCGGGUUAGCCAAUAACAAGAGGCAUAUGUGUGCUGCCGCAAAAUCAGCAGCAAGCUCCCAGUAAUGCAAGUGAAAGAAGCAAAUUAGUUAAUAGAAUUUAAUUGGAACGUUGUUUAAAAUCAUAUGCUCUGUCUAAAUAAUGACAGAAAAAAUGUGGGUUUCAUGUCCCUUUUUAAUGCUCUUAAAGUGACAGUAAACUCAAAAUUACUUUCAUGAUUCACAGUUUGCAAUUAAAAAAAAACAAACCAAAAACUGCAAAAUUACCUCUUUUUUUUAUUUUUUUUUAUUUUUCUCCUUUGUUCAAGAGAAAACCUAGCACCUAAUGGCAGCAGCAGUGUUUGCAACAACCUAUAGCAUUUCUACAAACAUUGUGGCCAUAGAGUGCUAAAGACUUGGGCACGCUCCUGAGCUCCUUUAAGACAACCUACUUUUCCUAUUUAGCAAAGAAUUAAAAAUAAUGAAGUGUGCUUUAUCUGAAUCAAAGAAAGUUUUUUAUUUUGACUUUACCCUCCUUUUAAGUGGGAGCUCACAUUACUUAGUGUUCUAGAAUUGAAGAUGGGAAAAUAAUAAUAAAUAAUUUUGGUAUUGAUGUGUCUGCAGUUGAUAGAGGAGCUUAGAGAUAUUAACAUCUUCAUUUUAGAUUGUUUGUUGUAUUAGUUCUUUUGGCUGAAAAUAACUUUACUUCUUCCAUAUUGGGAGUUUUUUUUUCUGAAAUGUGAUAAUUUAACAUAAAGAUUAAGUAGGGAAUAUUUUUUUAAUUAUGUAGUAGGCUUGGUGUUUUGACAUGUCUGAGUUAUCAAAACCUCUUAUUAAUGAAUUAACUUGUGUCUGAGUAGGGAAAUUGUUAACCCCUUGGAUACAAAAGUGGGCUGUCACUCAUUGCUGCACAAUACCCUCUUUAUUAGUGUUUAGUAUGUGCAUUGUAUGUCCGAGGACCUCCCUUAGAUUGUUGUCUUUUGUCUUCUUGCUUCUAGUGGCUCAACCUUGGAUACUUUUCUUGUGGGUUUUGUUUGUAUAUCAAAUAAAACAGCUUAGAGCAGUGAUGGCGAAACUUGGCACUCCAAAUGUUUCAAACUAAAUUUCCCAUGAUGCUUAGGUACUCUGAAGUCCAAUAAAGCAUUGUGGGAAAUGUAGUUCUGAAACAUCUGGAGUCCCAAGGUUUGCCAACACUAGCCAAGAGUGUCUAUUUCAUGCUGCACUUCCUGUUCUACACUCUGCAUAAGCUUCUCCUGUUUUACUCUGGUUUUGUCAUUAAACAUUUUAUUUAAUGGCAUUUCAUUGUCUUCCACAAAUUCUCUUUGUUUUCUGUAACUGGGUUAUCUACAGUUUGUUUGAAAUUGGGGUAAACUAUGUGUCUAUAUUGGAGGGCAGUCUAAUCUUAAUUCAUUGGUAAAGGUCUGAAUAACUCUUACAGUUUAGAUUUGCUGUGUUAGUGCGAUAACUUGUAAUGUAAACACCCUUUGCCAGACAAGGGGUCUAAGGGCUAUACGUGAGACAUUAUUACACCUGUGUCUUUUGUGACACACACACUAAUGAUUUUACUUGUGCUGCCUUGUCCAAAAUAUGUUUAUCAUAUAGUGAAACUGAUGUUUUCUUAUGGUGUGGUCUUCAAUGCAAAGCUGUUGAUAAGGCAGGGUGCCAUUACUAGAGUCACAUGGUAGACUGGGACAAACUGCAGUUGUACAAGAUUCUGGGCAUCACUGCUGGUUUAGCCUGUUCUGUUGGGGGCGUUCUCAUGCACCCUGUUUGUGUGAGUGCUUUAAAUUUCAAUACCUACUGUAGUACAGGAUUGGUCCCAUCUAAUGCUCAUCUAGACUAACAGAAGUGUUCACCAAGUAUGUAAUAGGCUUCUAGGAUGGGAACAGUACGGUUUAACAUAUUUGGAGUUUUGUGCAACCCAUACAUUAUGCUUCCUUCGUCGUAAGUGUCAAAUGUGUUUCCUGCUCCGUGUAAAAGUCCAAUAAGUUUUUCCUUGGUAUAAUGUUUUGGUCGGUUUUGCAUUAUUUUUUUAAUAAAAUGUUUUAUGAUUUGGUCGCUAGAGCUUCACUCUUAGAACCCACUUGACAUAUGAUGUAACUGAUUUGUAUCAGAACACUGUUAAAUACCUUUAUAAGUAGAGAAUAUUGAGUAAUCUGAUAGAAAAUCUUAUCUCCAUGACAUAGGGGAGCUCAGUGAUUAGAGGGUUAUUAGAAAGCACCACAAAGUCCAGUUUAUUACUGACCAGAUACAAGGGAAGAUAGUUCCUAAUACAAUCCAUCUAAAAUGCUCAUACAAAUGAAUACAAACUGGUUCCGACACUGACAAUUUAACCUCAUGUUAGCUGAUAAAACCCCAAUGAAUAAUAAAUUAGUGGGCUUUUUAUGUGAUUUUUACUAGUGAAGAACACAACCUAUAUCUGACAUUAUGCUGACAGUUAGGGGAUGUUACUAUGGAAUCUAGAUCACUAUUGACAAGAUUUUUCCUACUAAAAUUGAUUCGAUUUUUCUUCUGUGGUAUUUAACGAAUAUGACUUAAGAGAUACUGUUUCCAUACUUCCACGCUUUGUUUUUCUGCACUAUUGAAACUGCAUGCCAGGUCACAGCACCGCGGUAUAUUAGACAAGCAUUUUGUACCAUGGACAUAACAUAGAUUCUGCUCAUUAAAAUCAGGUAACAAAAACUAGGUGCUUGCAAUUUUAUACAGUUUUUAACUGCAUUUGAAAUAUAUACAAUGUAUUAAUAAAGCAAUUUGUGUAAAACCAAAACCUGCAAUAACCUGCAAGAGACGUAGCUUGUUUUAAGUCAAAGCAUCUCCUGCAGAAUAUGUAUUUUAUGUUUCUAUUAUUUUCCAAUUGCUGUAGAAGAAAAACUGUUUUCCAUGUAUUUUAUUUCUGCAGCACUUAACAAUCGUUUCUAAGGCUUUCAAGUGACAACUUUUAUAAUAUGCAAAAUGAAGAAACUUAUUACAGUGUGUAGUAUGAACAAGGACUCAAGUCUUGAUUAGUCAAACCAGUCGGAUAAUAUUGUAAUAUUUUUUAGCAGGAAUAUUGUCAUUACCGUUUAUCUGACACACGUGCUGUCUUCCAGUUGUAAAUAAACUAAAAUGGAAAAGUAA